AUGUCGUCACUACAGACCCAACUGGCAGCCCUGAACGGAUCCUCCGGGAAAAACCCCGGGCUUGUCUACGCUACUAGCAAACGACACGAAGAUGCAGUUGGACGAGGGGCGAACUACAGUGUCCAACAUGGACAUCACGUUACCAAUCGGGUCGCCUACAAACCCUCCAUCAUUCAAGCAUCCGCUAAGGAAGCCUCUGAUAUUCCCUUACACGUCUUGGAAGAAAACUGCAAGGCUGCCGUGGAGAAUCUGGCCGACACAGUCGAUCCCCGCAUGAUGGAUCUGUUGCCGAGUAUAUGUGGCCGUCAGAAUGCGUCGCCGAAGAUUAUCCAAGAUGCGUUGCUGCGUGUGGGUAGUUUAUUGGGAGAGUUCAACGCCAUCGAAUCGUGCUUGCACGUUUUGGAAUACCUCAUUCGUCGCUACGAUGUCCACACCAAGCACAUGGAAGACUUCCUCUGGGUACUCUUACCGCACGCCGAUCACUGGACGGCCGUCUUCCACCGUGCCCUGCAGCUCUGCGAUUUGGCAUCCAAUCAGUCCUAUAUUUGGCUGCGUCCGUACGCCAAUCCAAAAGUAUUGGCGGUCGUCCCGCGGGCUUUAAUUGCACAGCAUGUCGUGAAACAUCCCGAUCUCAUUCGAACCGUUGGUCGUUUGGCCAAGCAACAGGCGGCUUUGGCGGCAACGUCAAUAACGCAAGAAAGUUUGAUAUCGGCUCGACGGGGAAUAUCCCACAUUCUUUCCUUUACUGUGGCCGUACUGGUAGAAGGACUGGCCUGGCAAACAGCGGCCGAUCGUCUACCGGCCCAACAGGAAGCUUCGCUGCGCGCAAUGUUGCCCUUUUGUUUGGCGGCUUGCGAGAGUCAAACCGGGUGCUUGGAAUGGACGGCAUGGGGACACGUUCUUGCAUCCGUCCUGGCCGAAACUAUGGACCUGGCUCCCGUUUCCGUGGAAGCGAUUUCAAAGUCGAUCUUAUCCGCGCCGGAAACUUUUCAACAGCAAGCCGAUGCCCUGACUACCCUCUUGGCGGUCCUCCUUCCGCUCCAGCAACAGCAAAUGGAAAAUUCGGACUCAUAUUUGCCGCUCUUGACCAACAAACUGCUAGGUUGUGACCUCCCACGUUCUUGCUUGAGGACAUUGAGAAAAUGGCCGCAGCUGCCAACUGUUUUGGGACAUUUACACGAAGACUGUAGAACUAUUGUGGCACCACUGAUUGCAACCUUGUUUGUCCUGGGCUUAGAGGAAAACAAUGUGCAAUGGCUGGUUCGUAUAUUGGAAGAAAAAAGUUUGCGAUCGCUUUGGAAGAAUCCUCGGACCGACAUUGUCGCGUCUACGGCAGCCUUUUGUUUGGAACAACAUAUCAAAAGUCACAGGGACAGGCGUGCAUCCAUGAGUCAGUCGCUGCUGGAAAAUUUACACAGGCUCGAUACGCUUGCUUGCGAACGUGGCAUAGCGCAUGCAAUACAGUCCAUACCUCAGCAAAAAAGUCAAGAAACGCGAGAAUUAGUCCGAGAUUUACUGAAAGGAAUUGUUUCGAUAGAUGAGAGCGACAACGAGAACUCAAACGUAAAUUUGUCUACGGAGCAUGACCGACUACUCCCGCCCCGCGUAGCAUUGGAACACGCUGAUGCUUCUAUUCGCUUGCUAGCGGUACAGCGGCUGAUCCCUCUCCUGGACCAGCGAGACCAAGACAACGACGGAGAAUCAAUUUGGGAGAGUUUGGUACGUCGAUGGAGCGUUGAUGAACACCCGGAGGUUGCAGAGGAAGCCGGAAAAGCGGUCACGAGUGUAUUCAAGAACCGAAUGCUCGACGAAUUCGCGACAGACUUGACUGAGAUCGCAAAGUUAACUUUAUCAGGUUUACAUCACUGGAUUGAUUCGAACAGGGAGCAGGUUGAAUGCUUACGACAAGGGUUCGUUGUCUCAGCUUAUAUUGCGCGGAAUAUGGCCGAAUCAACCAUUGACUCGCCGUCAAAGGAAUGGCAACUAAUCAUGGAGACGCUGGCCGCCUAUUCGAACAGCACGAACAAGACACUGGCAACUGUAGCGUCGAAGGCCUUGCUUUUUGUGUUGGGCGAUUCUCAAUCCUUUAUAAAAAAUGAUGCCGAGAUACACGUGGCGCAGAUGAAGCUCGCCGAAAGUCGAAUAUUUGUUCAAGGUUUGCAUACGUUCCAAGACGAGCCUGAACUGGACAAUUCCAUCACACGUCGAUUACGGCGUCUGUCUCUGUGGGUACUCGUAGAAUCCUAUUCACGCCGACUAGCCGAUAGCAAAGUAUCGUCGACGCUCGUCCAUGACGCACUUCAAGUUUGUAGUACGAUUCUGAAUGCAAAGGAGCAAGGCGACAUGACCGACAAGAAGGUCGAAAUUUUGAAGGACUGCUAUGUAUCUGCAGUGCAUGUAUCGUCCAAAACGAUAUGUACAGUACAUGCCAUGAUUCUGUCUCUAGCGGCAGUAAAUUCGGACGCUUUGUACACUGGAAUCGGUCUACCAACGAUUACCUCCCUUGUACAAAACGUCACAAACUCUGAAGGAGAGGCUGUGCUAUCCUCCAUCAUUUUGAUGGAAAGUGCGUUGCAGCUUCAGGAUCCAUUGUCUUGUUGUCGCUUGGUGGAGUUGACAUGUGAUAUUUUGUCAUCCGGGAACGAACAGUGCUGGCUCAUUGUAGUUGGUGCACUGGCGCUUUUGGAUAGUCCUCAUAAAAGGAUCAGAAAGGCAAGUAUUGGAUUGCUGUCGACCAUCGCCACUCAGCUCAGUACUCUCGACACGCCACCGACAUGGAAUCAGGUUAGAUGCUUUUGCAGGUUUAUUGCCGAGUCCCACUCUUCCGCUGUCAUGGGUGGAGUUUCCUUUUUGCCUUCCAUGUUUAAAGCAUCCAUGGCUGCGGAAAAACAGGCGUCUUCGCUACAGAAAGCAUUGUUGAGGCUUUGCGUCUUUGCUACCGUUGGAUACAGCGGCGACGGAAACUUGACUUCCCCGAAAGCUAUGCAGAAAAGUUGGAUGUACCAUACCAAAUUACCCGGGGGGUGUGCCGCUGCGUCGACCGUUCUCAAUGCGAUGGAAAAGGCUGGAGAAACAGUCUUUCCCCUGUGUACAAGGUGGGAGAUUGCUGGCUUGCCCUUAUUCAAACAAUUACAGACUGCAAAGGUCGUAGGUGUUAUCCCUUUGUCGGUUGUGUCGCUUGCUGAAUGCAUUGUCAAGAUGAUGAAAGGAAUGGUAGUGACGGAUACUACAAGCAUCAUCAUUUCCUCAGGUCCUCAUCAAGGUGGAGGACGCUCGCGCUCAUACUCGGUUGGAAAAAGCGAUGUGGAAUUUGUCGAGCAAUAUCCAAAAGCAAUGCAAACGGAAUUGGUGGCGGUUCUGUCAGACGUGGAACCAUCGGACAUGGGCCGUCUGCUUUCAGCUCUUGUCGUAGAAGACGUUCUUUCGAGUAUAUCCUGGGGCGAAGAAAUUUUUAAAAGAUUUUCGAAAGGCGAACGUAAAAAGUUGGCAAAAGCUAUUCUUUUUUAUUCACAGAGCGAGCACUCUCAGUUGUCUCACAGUCAAUUUGUUGCCCUCCCGUUUGACGGAGAAGAUUUGUUGUCGCUUUUGUCGGAUCUAAAGAUCACUCCGGGCGACAUGAGUUCCCUUGUUCUUUUGGCAGACUUUGUAAGAGUAAACUGUGCGAGGCUAAAUUCGGCACAGUCGGCGGGACAAUUGAUAUCUCUUUUCUUCGGCUUACUUAAAUUACUGGUGUUGGAGACUGAAGUCAACAUGACGGGUUCGGCAGUUGCGGCGCAAUCUUUGCUAAGCACCUUAUCCCAGCUAUGGACGGGCAUUCGAGCAGACCAAUUGGACCUCGAUGCCAAUACUGUGAUUGGUUGGGCCACUACACUUCUGCAAUUGCUGGAUGAGCUAAAUACGGAGAAUACUUCAUCGCCUUCUCGUUUUGUUUCAUCGACGAGGGCAAGAUCCGCGGCUCUUUUCACUUUAACAACGAUGUGUAACUCCUUUCCGAAAGAAUGCGUAGUUGUUGUCUUCCAAACUAUCACCAAGGCUGCCUCUGCUGCCGGGAGUGGAGCUAUAGAAAUUUCAACGGGAGGAGACAUUUUCGCUGCUACACUUCCCGUUUUUUGGAAGUUUGCCAAUCAUGCGGAUUUGUCGCUUGUCGACAUCCUGUCAGGUUUUGUGAGGGAGACACAAAGGAUGGACGUAAAAAAAGUGAAAAGUUGCCUUUUCGGUGAAUUUGCGAAAGCUCUUCUUGUGGGCAACCAUGUGCGAAGAGAUUUCCAACAGUCUUGCCCUGGUUCACUGGUGGCCUCCUUUCUGGCAGCCGAAGUUUUUACAUCCAGAAACUUGGCUCGGUCACCUGAUUUUGCCGUUGAGGUCAUUGAGCAGGUUCCGAUUGAGGCUCAGAUUUGGUCCGUCUUGCUUCUACUAAAAUAUGCUAAGUCGACUCUUCUCCUUUGUAUGGGGUCGGAUGCGACCGAUGAUGACUCUCCAGGCAUUCCAAAUAACAGCCACAUUGCUAAGAUCGCAUUGGUUGGUCCAAAGACAAGACAAAAUACAGGUGUCAAGCCUGAUGAAUACACUAAAAACUCUGCCAAACUUGUUUCGUUGGUAGGGGUGAUACUUCGAACAGUGAACGAUGUAUUGCUGCUCGAAAGCACCAGCAAAUUUGUAAGGCAAUGCCGUGACAAAAGCUCGAGCCUUUGUCUUCGGCUUUGGCAGGAGUUACUUAUAAUGCACUCUGUUGCCCAAAGUGCAGCUGCCGAUGAAAAAUUGAAGGGAUUGAUGAAUACGAUGGAAAAUCUUGUUUUGACUGUCAACGAAAGCCGAGAAUAUUUACAGCUGCUCCUUCCAGCUCACAUAUUUUUGGCCUCAGUGACGGCACUAUUGAAGGAAGGGGACAGCAUUGAUAUUCGAACGAAAGCACUUCGUUUGGUAGCAGAACGCGUACCAGAUGUCGAUCCUUAUGGAGAAGAAGUACCGCUCUUUAUGGAAAUGGUUCCGGAUAUUGUAGACGUACUCCGAAGCACCGACGGUAGCAAUGGAUCAGAGGAAUCAUCGAAGAUUCUUCUACUUCGGCAAUCGGCACUCGUUGCAGUAGAGCAUAUAGCAAGAUGUUUUUCUGUUGGCGGUGGUAUCACGGCUAGCAAUACGCAGCAUUUUCUGUCCGCACUUGGACGAGCGACGGAUUUGCUCCAGUUUCCUUGUCAAGUGCUUGCACAGCCGAAUGCAUCAUUGUCUCAUAUAGACAACGCCGCCCGUCAGAUUAUUUCAAGCGUGGCAUUAUCAUCGGCUACGUUAGUCCGAACAACCGGACCGCUAUGUAUUUCUACUCUUCCAAAGCUCAUCAAACGACUGAUGUCAGCAUUGACCAGCGCCAAUUCUUAUGUGCUGCUAAAUGGGAAUACUUCUGAUGACAAUGAAACGUUUGCCCAGGCGAAGGUCAUGCAAGCAUCCAUUCUCCGAGCACUAUCUGCUAUUGCCUUUAGUGUUCCGCAAUUUUUGCCCUCGUACCUUCAUCUCGUUUUGAACGAAUCCAAUAUUUUGUCCCCAUCGCUACGUCAGGAUCGGGACAGCGUGAUGAAAUCUACAAUUGAACGAUUGGACCAGCUUUUGUCGGCGCGUAUUCCUCCUCGUUUAAUGAUCCCGGCUAUUGUUAAAGCUACGGGCCAAUGCAAGAACGCAACAACCGUCGCGGUCUUGCUGAAGAUGCUAAAGAUUUCGGUUGAGCAAUGCACAGGAGCUGAGGCUGUAGCUCAGCGGAAUGCGGUUCUUAAGGUUGUUACACAAGCAUACGAGAAUCAAUCAUCCUUAGAAUCUGGGGCUUUGCUGGUCCAUACUGCAAACGAUGCUCUGAUGACGUUUAUCCUUAAGCUUUCGGAAGUGCACCUCCGUCGAUUGUAUCUCUCGCUGCGCGAUUGGCGAGGCGUAGUUGACAAGUUGGCACCAGAAUCUUCUUCUGCCCACCGCUUUGCGUUCUGGACGCUCUCCGCCGCCUUGGCUAAGAGGCUACGAUCUAUAUUUUUGCCUUGUUUGAGUGUUUCUAUUGGUGACGCCGUGUCGGAGUUGGAGUUGGCUGCCUCUAGCCUUUGCCAAAGCGGCAAUGCCGUCAAGAAACGCAAACUCAACGACGAGCGAACGGAGUCAUCGUAUGAUUCAGUGUCGAUGCAAGUGGUACAGCCCGUUCUUCUUUGCUUGGAGCACGCACUUCGAGCUGAUGGUCUAGAUGGCGGCAGUUGGAUUCGAGCCGAUGAGAAUCAACGCUAUCACGCCCUUUUGGAGCCAAUGGGGAAGCUGCUGCAGGCCAGAAUUCCCGGUAACUUUUUGAAAGAGAACGACCACCUGUCCAGUCCCUUCGCGCGUGUCAUCGUGGGAGAGUACUCAGACUUGGGCAAUGUAGUCAGCUGUCUAUCGGCCUUAGCCAACGCGGCUGGUAACGAACAGCUAUGGAAACCAUUGAACUACUACGUUCUGGAAGCCUGCGGAAACGAAUCCCGAGGGGAAGUUCGCAAAGCAGGCCUGACGUGCCUUGUAUCCCUGAUGAAGUCUUUGGGCGAAGAGUAUAUGGUUUUACUUCCUGAGUGCCUACCUAUUCUUUCGGAGCUUCUGGAAGAUACGGACGAAGAGAUUGCAGGACUGGCAAAGGAAUGCGUAACUUUGGCAGAGGAUUUGCUUGGAACAAGUUUGGAAGACAGUUUACGCUAACGUCUUUUGCUGAGUUUAUGCGCACAAUAGGAAAAAAAUAUGAGUAAAAUAUAUAGUCGACAUUAUUUUUG